UCGCCGUAUAUAAGAGGGCUGCUUCGAGCUCGGAGGACCCCAACCAUUCCAACCACUUCCAAUCAAUUACUCGCUCGACUCUCAAUCAUGUCUCGAACCAAAGUUGUUCAACUCGGCGCUGCUGGAAACCUCGGGACUCCAGUUUUCGAUGCUCUUGUUAGGGAGCAGAAAUUCGAUAUUACAGUUGUAGCUCGCACAACGUCGUCUUUCACAACUUCAGAUCCAUCUGUCAAAGUCGCUAAAAUCGACUACAACGACAAGCAGCAGCUCGUCGAUGCUCUUCGAGGCAAUGAAAUUGCACUAAUCACCCUCGGCGACUUGUCUACGCUGGAGCAAAACUCGAAGCUCAUCAUCGACGCCGCUAUCGAAGCUGGCGUUAAGAAGGUAAUCCCAAGCGAGUACGGAAAUGACUUGGUAAACCCUCCAGGUAACCAGCACCAGAUUUUCAGCGCAAAGCUCAACACUGCGGCAUACCUUCGAGAGAAAGCCGAGGCUGGCCUCAUCGAAUAUACUCUCGUCACAACCGGCCCAUUCUUUGACUGGGGUUUGAAACACGAAUUCCUCGGGUUCGAUUUCCCAAAUCGCAAGGCCACCAUCUGGAGCGGAGGUAACGACAAGAUCAACGCUACCACCCUCGACAGUAUCGCGCGCACCGUAGUCUAUCUCGUUGCCAACCCCAAAUCCUACACCAACACUGACGUCCGUGUCCACGACUUUUUCGUCUCCCAAAACGAGAUCCUCGCCAUCGCCGAAGAGGAGACGGGCUCCAAGUUUACGAUCGAUAACCAGGAUAUCGAAGAGUUGCUCAAGACGGCAGGUGCAGGGUUGGCCAAGGGCGAUUACAGCCUGUUCAAUAUCUAUUCGGUCGUCAAGGGGAAUGUGUUUG